AUGUCGACAUCCGGCGGUGCCGUGAGCGCUUUGGACGCGUUGAAGGACGGCGAAGACGUGCUGCUGGACGAGGAUGCUGGCCUUCCAUGUUUGCGUGCGUCUUCGCUGGUGUGUAACCUGGGAGGUUCGCGGCUCUUGUACGGGUCCUCCGACGGCGAGUUGCGCUGUUUGGACUUUUUCAAAUGGAUGAGCGGCGGUUGCGGCCCGCUCUGGACGCAGAAGCUCGACCAGGGCAUCACCGCCGUCGCCAUGAGCAGCGACGACGCUGUGGUUGCCGCUGCGAGCGGCAACGUCGUGUCGUUCUACAGCGACGUCGGCGAUCACCUGGUGAACACGAGCAAGGGUGAUAUGUAUCUGCUGGACGCGCGCAAGACCCACGGGCACACUGCCAUGGUCACCUGCGUUUGCCCGCAGCCCCUUCACUCCAACCAGUUCACCUCGGGCGCCAUAGACGGCACUAUUCGCACCUUUGACGUGGAGUCACCGCGUCAAGGCGUGGCUAUGUCGAUUAACUCGUGCCGGACCUACGUGCCCCGUGCAGCACGCGGCCCACGUGCUCCGAUCAGGUCCCUGUGCUACUCGCAGUUCAAUAGCUCAUUUAUCGUGAUUGGCGGCACUGACCGUGGCGGCAUUCUAACGUGGGACCAACGGACGGGAAAUCCGGCGUCGUGCUGCAUGGAUGCGCAUACGUCCGCGGUGAGCUGCGUGGCGUCGAUCGACGACGGGACGCUGGUCAGCCGAGACAACGACGUCGUGAAACUAUGGGAUGUGCGUAAGUUCAAGAGCGCUGUGAAGGAGUGCGCGGUGCCUGGAGGGGAUUGCGGCGGCGGAAUGGCUGUGAGCCCGGGCGGAACUCACGUGGCUGUCGGCGAGGUCACGCCGGUGAACCCGCGCAACAUCAAAGAGGGUUUCAAGGGGUGCGUGCGGGUCCUGUGCACCGUGACAUUGGAUGUGGUCGAAACAUUCCGUCUUAAGGCGGCUCCUGGUCCCAUGUGCUGGGCGUACGACUCGGCGCAGCUGUUUACCGCAUGUAACGAUGGCCGGACGUGGUGCCGUGGCAGUUCGGAGGCGAUCGAGGCCAUGCACCUGUCCCGGGCGCGCGCUACGAUGCGCCAGAAGCGUGCCGAGUCAGUUGGAACCACAGUAUCGGUGCAGCCGGAGGCGUAUCCCAUCGACCAGCUACCUGACAACCUUGAGGAGGCUGAGGACGGCACCCUUAAGCGCCGCCGGGUGCCCCGCCAAUACAAGAAGCCAGGCGCCCGCGAGGAGCCCGACUUAGACUAUGUAUCAUACGGUCGCACCCCGGUGAGCUACGAAGACGAGGACAUCGUCAAGAAGCUGCGCGCGAUGGAUGGCGAGUCCGACAAGGUGUCGGCCGCCGCCACCGGCAGUGGCGUCCAGCGCAUUCCCUACAAGGCAGACAAGUUCAUGCGCAUGUACAAAAAGACCCAGCCAGACCUCAUUUUGGACUUCACCGCGCCUGGGACAAAGGAAGAGAGCAUGUUGCAGGGUGUGCAGAAGUGCCCUCGCUGCGGCAUCAAGAUUUGUCAGUGCGGCUACAUGGACAGCCGCAAGUAG